AUGAAACCUACCAUCCUCCUCCCUCUCCUUCUCCCGCUCGCAACCACUCACCCCACCCCCCAAGACACCAUCACCACCAGCACUAUAACCCCAGGCCACGCCAUAAUCCUCAACACGUGCGCCUUCCCCAUCUACGCAUGGUCUGUCUCAUCCACAGUCGGUCCGCAAAUCACCAUUCCCGCAGCUGCACCCGUCACCAGCAGCAGCAGCAACAGCACCACCCAACAAUACUCCAACUACACAGAACCGUAUCACCACGACGCGCAAACCGGCGGAGUGAGCAUCAAGCUCACGACUCUCCGGAACGGACUGUAUACCGGUGCGCCGCAAACAAUCUUUGCGUAUAACUUUGUCGAAGGGCAGAAUCAGGUGUGGUUUGAUUUGUCGGAUGUUUAUGGCGACCCGUUCAAGGGGAGGAGGGUUGUGUUCGUAGGUUUUCUUUCGGACUCAAGAGGAUGGAGGAGAGGAGGUGGUAGUAUGUUGAUAUGGGCGAUGUUUGGAUCGGAGGUAGGGAAUGUAGAAAGGCAAGCAGAUGCUGGCUGCGAGAGAUGUUUGGAUGAGGAGUUUGGUAGGCAUUGUGUCACAGUGAAUAGAGAUGUUGUUGAUGUGAUGAAGAUGUAG